ACAGUUUGUCCGUCUUCACCUUCCGUAACUACGCACAAGUAUGGCUGUGUGAGACUUGUUUCUACUGUUUUGGUGGCGUAAAUAAUCAUCUCCACCGCUCGGAAAGCAUCCCUUUCUCGGAAUUCGAGUUGAUCCAAGCACGCAUCUACAUUUCGACUCGGAUCAUAAUGCCGUCCGCCUGUGACUCUCUGAUUGAAGACAUUGAGGACAUGGUGUCUUCUAGUGACCCCACGCCUCAUGAAAGACUGUCUUCUAGAAAGAAUAUCAUACCGAGGGCCAGGAGGAAAAAAGAACUUCUGAGCGAUGAGGAGCUCCAGGCUGACAGUUUGAUCCCUGGGACACAAAAGAUUUGGAUGAAAACAUGGGGCUGCAGUCACAACAACUCGGAUGGAGAGUACAUGGCCGGGCAGCUUGCUGCCAGCGGAUACAAGAUGACUGAUGACCCGACAGAAGCGGACGUGUGGUUGCUCAACAGCUGCACCGUGAAAAACCCAGCAGAGGACCACUUCAGGAACUCAAUCAAAAAAGCCCAGGAUCAGGAGAAAAAGGUCGUCGUAGCAGGUUGUGUUCCCCAGGCCCAGCCCCGCAUGGACUACCUCAAGGGUCUCAGCAUUAUCGGGGUCCAGCAGAUUGAUCGAGUGGUGGAAGUAGUGGACGAGGCUGUUAAAGGCCACUCAGUUCGUCUUUUGAGUCAGAAGAAAGAUGGAGGCCGGAGGCUCGGAGGAGCCAGGCUGGACCUGCCUAAGAUCAGGAAGAACCCGCUCAUUGAAAUCAUCUCCAUCAACACUGGGUGUCUGAACGCAUGUACCUACUGCAAAACAAAGCAUGCUAGAGGAGACCUGGCCAGUUAUCCCAUUGAGGAGCUGGUGGAGAGGGCCAGGCAGUCUUUCCUAGAGGGAGUGUGUGAGAUCUGGUUGACCAGUGAGGACACAGGAGCUUAUGGCAGAGACAUAGGAACAGACCUACCCACACUGCUAUGGAGAUUGGUAGAGGAAAUUCCAGAAGGGGCCAUGCUGAGGCUGGGUAUGACAAACCCACCAUAUAUCCUGGAACACCUAGAGGAGAUGGCAAAGAUUUUGAAUCAUCCACGGGUCUACGCCUUCCUUCAUGUUCCUGUACAGUCGGCCUCAGACAGUGUGCUCAUGGACAUGAAGAGAGAGUAUUGCAUUGAUGACUUCAGAAGGGUGGUAGACUUCCUGAAAGAGAGAGUCCCUGGUGUGACCAUUGCUACAGAUAUUAUCUGCGGUUUUCCUGGUGAGACUGAGGAGGACUUCCAGGAGACAGUAGACCUGGUGAAAUGCUAUCGAUUCCCCAGCCUCUUCAUCAACCAGUUCUACCCCAGACCUGGUACACCUGCUGCCAAGAUGGAGCAAGUACCAGCACAUGUGAAGAAACAAAGGACUAAAGAACUCUCCCAGCUCUUCCACUCGUACAACCCUUACGACCACAAGGUAGGGGAGAGGCAACAUGUGCUGGUGACAGAGGAGUCGUUUGAUGCCCAAUAUUAUGUGGCUCACAACAAGUUCUACGAACAGGUGCUGGUGCCUAAAAGGGCUGAGUUCAAAGGAAAGAUGAUUGAGGUGGACAUCUACGAGGCAGGAAAGCAUUUCUUGAAAGGCAAACCAGUAGAGGACAGCAAGCCAUUUACUCCCUCCAUUGCUGCACCCUUCCAGAAAGGAGAAGUGUCUGGUCUGAUGCAGGAUCAAAACGAUGGCGUCCAGACUUCUAUGUCUUCCUCUGGCCCGUUCUUGAUUGGCUCUCACAGUAUGGACAGAGAAGUGCUGAAGAAGCUGGGGAUCGGGCUCGCACUGGCAGCAGUCAUCCUGGCCUUUAUUGUAGAAAAACUGUACUGAAUGUGUACCACUGUGCAAUCAUUUCACUUUGUUGACGCCAAAUAAAGUGAUUCCUUCUUCUGCCUGCAAGGAAAGAAUGGUCAAUGACAAGUCACCAGUCGCCACAGAACACUUUUUAUACGAGCCUUUUUGGUACUAAUUAUAUCCAAGUACACAUUAUUUGUGUUUGAUUUUGCGAGGUGAAUAGUUUCUCAGUCAACUUUCUUGGGGAGCAUUUUUCAAAAAAAAAAAAAAAAAGGGCAAUUUGUCUUUUGUUUGCUGAUUACUACAGCAUGACAUCGUCCACGAGCUGGUAACAUGUGUUUUUGUCCUUGUGGCUGAAUCACAGAUAAACUCAGCACAACUCCACAUUAGUUAAUAUUUGAAGGACAACGUGGUCACCUGUGUCAUGAGAGGCUCGGGAUGAUUGAACUCACUCUGCAGCUAGCUUAGCAGGAGAGAGAUGGCGUUUAGUUGAUGUUACUAUGUGGAAAUGAGAGGUGAUCUGUAGAAUACUCUGAAUAAAGUUAAUGUGUAAACUUAAUUUCAAAGUAUUUAUUUUUGGAAAGGAGACAUAUAUAGCAUAUAUUUAGAGAGCUGCAUAGUACUUUUCAUUUCUGCUGGUUUGACGUGUUGUUUAAUUGGUUGUUCAAAUAUGUAUUAUUUAAUGUGUUUUGCCUGAUACAUGAAAGUGAACCUGAAAUCAUUUGCAUCUCCUCUUUGCUUGAUAACGUACCUGGCACAUGUCUCGGUGGUCAUUGUUGCCUCUCAUUUCGUCACCACAACACACACUCGUUUGGUUCAUUUGUGCGUAACAACCUGUUCCAACAUAAAGGGCUGUUUCAUGUUUUCCCGUUCACCCUUUAGCAAAGCCUCAAUCUAAUUUUAAAAAAAACAACAGCAUACUUUCUCAUGGUAAUUCUCCCAAUUACCAUGAGCAAAAUGUUGAUGUUUGUACUGAGGUAGCAGCAGACUUGUAAUAGGACCUUUCUGUUGGUAUGUGGACUACCUUUGACAUAUGAAUAGUUAGCAGUUUAUUUUUCACUGUUGGAACCUCCUGAAUACUUCAAUAAAGGACAAUUUGUCAUGAGUGUUACUGCA